AGAUCCCACGAACCAAUCUGUUUACCAAGCAUGUGCAGUUUACAUUUGUGCUCGUUUCCUGUUUUCAAAGUACUGUAUGUUGGUAGUGUUGUAGCCUAAGCUGCUAGCUUCUGCUACCGGUAACGGCACCGGCUUCCCGAGGCAGAAUCCCAGCAUUUGUAGUCUUAUAGUUGGCGACUUUCGAGAUGACAUAUAAAUGAAAAGGUCCGGGAUGCAAGGUUGUGCUUUUUAAAUGAGGUUUUCUGUUGGUGUAAAAACUCAAACAAGCAUGGAAGAAGACGGAAAGCCACUACUGGAUCCAGUUAGAGCUGAAGAGAGCUAUGUUGAGUCAGAUCAGAAUGGGUUAGACUCACUGGAUCCAAAAUCUAAAAGGCCUUUUUAUGUGGAGCCCAGGAAUAUUGUGGACGAGGAUAUGCAGGAGCGAGUGUCUGCAGAAGCCUCUGUGAUGAACAGCAGAAUGCAGUACUACAGCAGAUUAACAGGCUCCUCCGACAGGCUGCUGAUCCCUCCAGAUCAUGUGAUUCCUGCUCCUGAUGAGAUCUAUGUUUACAGCCCUUUAGGAACUGCUUUUAAAAUUCAGGGGAAUGCUGAUGGGUCAGGAAAAAAUCCCAGCAUAAUCACCAUCUUUGCCAUUUGGAAUACUAUGAUGGGAACAUCUAUACUUAGCAUUCCAUGGGGAAUCAAGCAGGCAGGAUUCACUUUUGGAGUCAUCAUCGUUAUUCUGAUGGGCAUUCUGACUCUUUACUGCUGUCUGAGAGUGUUGAAAUCUCGUGCUGCAGUACCUUUUAUAGAUACAUCAAGCUGGGAGUUUCCAGAUGUUUGCAAAUACUAUUUUGGUUCGUUUGGACAGUGGUUUAGUCUUGCAUUCUCAAUGGUGUCUCUGGUCGGUGCAAUGAUUGUCUACUGGGUGCUGAUGUCCAACUUCUUGUUUAACACAGGAAAAUUCAUUUACAAUUACGUUCAUCAUGUUAAUGUUACUGACACAGAUGUUGGCACAAAUGGAACUGACAGAGUGAUUUGCCCAUUUCCCAACAAAGAGCACCAUGCAAAUCACAGUGCUGAUGAAUAUAUGACUUAUGGCAAUAAUACUGAGGAUGUUUUUGACCAGUGGUGGCAUAAAACCAAAACUGUACCCUUAUACUUAAUUAUUCUGCUCCUGCCACUGUUGAAUUUCAAGUCGGCAUCAUUCUUCGCAAGAUUUACUUUUCUAGGUACAGUUUCAGUGGCGUAUCUGAUUAUUCUGGUAACCUUGAAGGCAGCCCGUCUGGGAUUUCACCUAGAGUUUCACUGGUUUCAUUCGACAGACUUUUUUGUUCCAGAGUUCAGGUCGCUGUUCCCACAGUUUACUGGAGUUCUUACCCUUGCUUUCUUUAUUCACAACUGUGUGAUCACAUUGCUUAAAAACAACAAGAACCAGGAAAAUAAUGUAAGGGACCUCUCUGUUGCUUACUUGCUGGUUGGACUGACAUACCUGUAUGUUGGGAUUUUGAUAUUUGCAGUGUUUCCCUCCCCACCACUAUCUAAAGACUGUAUUGAGCCGAACUUUUUGGACAACUUCCCUAGCAGUGACAUUCUGGUGUUCAUUGCCAGAGCAUGCCUGCUGUUCCAGAUGAGCACAGUUUAUCCAUUGCUGGGCUACCUUGUUCGAGUCCAGCUGAUGGGACAGAUCUUUGGGAAACCCUACCCCAGUGUUUUCCACGUGAUGACUUUGAACCUAAUAAUUGUGGGAGCAGGAGUCCUCAUGGCAAGAUUUUACCCAAACAUAGGCUCUAUUAUCAGAUAUUCUGGAGCUACCUGUGGUCUUGCCUAUGUGUUUGUGUUUCCUUCAGUCAUCCACAUGAUUUCACUUCAUCGGUCAGGACAGCUCCGGUGGCCUUCUGCUGUUUUCCAUAGUUUUCUUAUUGUAUUGGGCAUUGCUAACCUGAUUGGACAGUUCUUAAUGUGAACACAAUCCCCACAAAAGAUCUGUUAACCAUGUUGUUAGCAUUAGUGGUAAUUCGGUUUUAAAACAUUAUUAUCCUUACCGGUAUUAUUAUUAUUAUUAUUAUUAUUAUUAUUAUUAUUAUUAAAAAGGGUUGUUGCAAUAAUUGGAGACUACCUGCUGAUCAUCAAAUACAGCCAAUCUGAAUACACUUUAAACUCAAUACAGAAGGUAUCACUGUUUGUUUGUUUUUUUUUCCCCAUUUAGGGCAUUCUUUUCAAUGUUAAGGAUUUUGUUCUAUAAUGUAAAUAUGUAUUUUGAUACAGUGUUUCUACCCAUUAUGUGCACUGUAGAGAACUGUACAGUUUGAUUUGCUGCAUUCCUCUAUUCUAAUAGAAGGGAAAAGGUGGCCUAGCUUCCACUGUACAAAUGGGUUUCAAUGUGCUCUUAGUAAGGAUGCUGAAAAUGUAGCACAUGCAAGACAUUGGGGGUGGCACAUGUCUCUAUGCACAUUAAAGGAAACAUUUUAAAAUAUCUGUAAAAAUCAGAAAGGGAAACACACACACACGUUUUAUGUAUGGACACUAUUAUUUUUACUUUUAAUACCCAGAAUGAGUAAAUGUGUUUAACAACAUUUUGUUCUAAAAGCUAGUACUUUUGCUAACUGAUAUUGCUACAGACUUUUUGUAAAAUUGUAAAGCACUCAUCCGUAGUUGAAUGUUCUAUAAAUCCCAAUGUAAUACAAAUAUAAAUUGCAAUUUUAGUUGCCAUGUUAAAAUGUUAUUAAAGGUUAUUAUCAAUGCCA